AUGUUUAGUAAUGUGGAGGAACUAUGGCCUUGGCCUACGCUUGUUGCUGUAGUGUGUCUGGCAUUUAUCCUAGGGUAUCUAGCGAUUCCUUCGGUUCAAGCUCGGGCGGUGAUGCAUUUGCCCAAGCCUCCUGGAUACCUCCCGAUCUUGGGUAAUACGCUACUUGUGGCACGCGUUCAGCUGUCUGGGCGCUUCCACGAUUGGGCUCUGAGCAACUGUCGUAAAUACAAUGGCAAGCCCUGGUGUAUGCAUAUCCUCGGUAAGGCCCCGACUGUGUUUGUGUGCACACCUGAAGCUUUCGAGGACGUCCAGAAGACGCAAUAUGACGCAUUUGGCAAGAAUCCGCUCUUUGUGGAGGCUGCGGCCGAUGUGCUUGGCCAAGGAGUCUUUGCGAUCAGUGGCCCCUUGUGGCAUCGCCAGCGCAAAACUGCGAAUGCUGAAGAGUUUAAACCUGAACGGUGGAUCGACCCAGCUACGGGGAAAAUAGUGGCUGUGUCGGCGUUCAAAUUUUCUGCGUUCUACGGUGGACCCCAUGCGUGUUUGGGGAUGAAGUUUGCUAUGUCCGAGAUCAAAAUCACUCUUGCCGCCCUACUAAGUCGCUACAAUUUCAAGACAUCGAAAGACCCCUUUGACUAUACCUACCGAAUGGCUUUGUCGCUGAGAAUUGAUGGGGGACUCGACGUCGCUGUAACUCGCCUGGAGUGAAUUGAUAUCAGAUAAACAUUUUAUCGUUCGAAGAAGCUAUUUUUUAAACUUGAAUUGAAUGAAACA